AUGGAGAUCAGCACUAGACCCCGCCAUAGCCACCGACCUGCCCCGACGCCACCGCCACCGCGCCUCCUCCGAAGCAGGAGCGGAACGCCGCCCCUGUACUCGUCGGAGCUCCGAACCUUCGCCUCAAACUCCGGCCGAGCAGUAUUUCCCGCCAUCACCCGCUCAAAGUCAACAACAAGAUCAAGACCAAGAACAGCCAAAGACGAAGAGAUUAACAAUAAUAAUCAUGCUUCUAACAAUUCCGGCCGAAAUCAAAGGAAGCCUCAAGAGAUUAUGAACAAAGACGGGUACGUAAAAUUCAUGCAACGCGGUCAAUAUUCGCAUGGUGAUAUUCAUGAUGGGACGGCAAGGAGGGCGAGAUCGGUGCCGAGUUCUCCGUCGGCGUGGGCGUUGUCGCCGGGGCGAUUGUCGCCUUGUCCUUCGGCUCCGGAGUCUCCGGGAGGGAUGGGGGCGGGGGCGAGGGCGAAAGGGAGCCGCGGCGGCGGCGGGGGAGGUGGCGGUGGCGUGAGCGGUGUUUUGAAGUAUUUUAGGCAGAGGAAGGUAUCGAGGAGGGAGGAAGAGGAGUUUCGUAGGUUUAGGGUUUUGCAGAAUAGGUUGGUGCAAUGGAGGUUCGUCAAUGCUCGAGCUCACUCUGCCAUUGCUUCUGCUAAUCAUAUUGCACAGAAGAAGUCAAUUAACUCAUGGAUAAAAAUCUUCAGAGUGAGAAGUGGAGUUGUAGAGAAACGCAUUGAAAUGCAAAGGCUGGAGCAAGAGAUCAAACUGCACUCCAUUGUAAACGCAGAGAUUCGUCUCCUAAAAGAGUGGGCAAAGUUGGAGAAUAGAAAUUCUGAAGCAGUGGGGAAAUUGGCUGCAGCUCUAUCUGCAAUUCCAAACAGACUCACAUUAGUCCAUGGUGCCAAGGCUGAGGAAGCACACUACUUACUAACAGAGCUAGCAAACACAGCCAAACGGGAGAAGAAGUGUUUGGAGGAAUUGGGGAAAACAAUUUCCCUUGUUUCAUUAUUAGAGGCGAAGGAGCAAAGUUUGAGAGUUCAUAUCAUGCAGGCAACAGGAGUUUGA